AUGGCCGUCAUGGGUGUGUGUAAGUGUGCGACGACUCGAAGAACCGUCCUUCCGGCCACUCAUGCGUGGCCGGGCCAAGAGACGAAUUUCCGAACCGCCAGCGCUUGGUACGCCCCGUUUUCGGAGCCGGACCUGCCAGUCGACGCCGGUCUCGCGCGCACCUCGCGAGUGCUCGAGCAUGUGCGUCGACUGGAUGAACGACAGACGGCGGCCAAUCAGAGCCCGGCUCGCAGCUCCACCAAGGCCGGACUCGGACUCGAACCCCGCGUGCCCAACGGAUCUGGGCGUGGCACGAAGGAGCGCAGCCGCGAGUCCCGUCGGUGCGGAGCGAGAAGCGCCGCCGCAUGUCGGCCGGCCUCGAGUCCCCCGGCGCCCGGUUGUAUCUCUUCGUCCAGCUCGUCGCCGAGCUCAGUCCGUACCCAGUCCCCGUUCCAGUCCCCCUCCCAGUCCAGGUCCCAGUCUCGGACGCGGACUCGGACCCGGACCCGCUCACGGUCUCGUCUCGCCAGUCUCUCUUCGGACAACUUGGCUGGCCCGCCGGAGCCGACACCACUUUGCCACGGAAUGCCGAGCAUUGAGGAGCGUUUAGCCGCACUUGGCGACUCUUUCGUCCCGAAGACCAAGCAAAAGUAA